AUGCCUGACUGGGUACUGGCUAAAUAUUUUGACCCGGAAUCUGAACGACAACAACUCCUUCGUGACUGCCAACAAAUCAAGAUUCAGAGCAUGAGAUCAAUGGAUAACACCAAGCUUGUCAAUAGCAUUGAGUUGGAUCAGAAGUCUUGUGAAAAUGUUCUUACAGCCAUUACCAAAAUACUUUCAAAUGCUUUGGAUGUGUACCUUAGUAAUAUCAUGGCUUCAUUCAUUGGAGACUGGCCCAUGCAAUUUUUUAUCCGCCAACUAAUUAAUUCAAAUGCUCCCGCAGUACCCGCAGUUCUCAAAAAUGUAGCCCCCUUUACUGGUCCUCUGCACAUUUCAUUGAAUGCCAGGGACCACCACCAAGUGUUUGCUGAUCUUUAUGCAUUCUUAUUCGGAAAGAAAGCAAAGUUGGCAAAGAAGCCAAAACCAUGUGUGUGUCAUUACUUUUGGAAGUGA